CUAUCGUGUGUGGCUGCCUCACUGAGCCCCUCUGGCAGAGAGGAAGAGAGGAUGAGCAACCGCUGAGCAAGAGAGAGAGAGGGAGAGAGAGAGAAGGGUUAUGUGUGUGAGCUCAUGUGAGUGUGUGAGCAGGGCAUGAGAAAAAUCUCUGCCAAACCCACGAACCAUUUGUAAGAAUAGCUGGAAAAACGGGGCCACAGCGAGAUGCCAAGAAUAGGGCACAAGUCAUUCCUCUCCCUGCUAUGGCUUUUCACAAAGAUCUCAGCUGAUCUCAGAGGUUCCACUAGUAAGGACUGCAAAGGAUUCAUCCUGCAAGUUUAAAAAGAAGGAGACUGGGACUCUGUUUGGAGGGACAGCAUUAACUUAUCUUUUAACAAGCAGCAUGGUUGAAGAAAAUGUUGGAAGUGGAGAAGCAGAGAUGUAUUCCGUGUCUCAUGUGAGCGCCUGAGACCUGGUCUCUCAGGUGAAACCUCAACUCUUUACACACUAAGGUGAAGAUCAGCUUCCAGAGGAGCUGCAGCCAUGCUGUGUGGUCUGAGGAGGGACACCAAGAACAGCAUUGAUGAAGGACCAUACUCCAAGGGGAGCAAAGAGACAACUGACCAAUCGCAUUCCUCCCGGGGGCGAAGCCUUUCAGCAGAGGAGUAUCGAGGAGUGACCACGGUGGAGCUGAUGAAAAGGGAAGGCAGCAGCCUUGGCCUCACCAUCUCCGGAGGCUCUGAUAAAGAUGGCAAGCCCAGAGUGUCAAACCUACGGCCAGGUGGGCUGGCUGCCAGGAGCGACCAGCUGAAUGUGGGCGACUACAUCAAGUCGGUGAAUGGCAUCAACCUGUCAAAGCUCCGGCACGAUGAAAUCAUUAGCCUACUGAAGAACAUUGGGGAGCGAGUCGUCCUGGAAGUGGAGUAUGAGCUGCCUGCAUAUGUCCAGAGUCCGUCGGGAGUCAUAACUAAAACCAUAGAAGUGUUUUUACACAAGGAAGGAAACAGUUUUGGCUUUGUCAUGAGAGGAGGUUUCCAUGAAGACUGGCGAAGGUCUCGUCCUUUGGUGGUUACCGGUGUCCGGCCCGGGGGUCCAGCCGACAGAGAGGGCACACUAAAGGCCGGAGACCGGGUUUUAAGCAUAGAUGGGAUGCCUUUGAACAGAGAGAGGCACGCUGAUGCGUUGACCAUGCUGAUGCAGAGCGGCCAGGAAGCUCUGUUCCUGAUCGAGUAUGACGUUUCUGUCAUGGAGGCAGUGCAGCAGGCCUCGGGUCCUCUGCUGGUGGAAAUAGUGAAAGGUCCUUCUGCCAGCCUGGGGAUCAGCCUCACAACCACAACAUACAGAAACAAGCAAGUCAUCGUUAUCGACAAGAUAAAGCCAGCAAGUGUGGCGGAAAGAUGUGGAGCGCUUCAUGUGGGAGACAUCCUGCUGUCCAUAGAUGGGACAAACACUGAGCGCUGCUCCCUGAUGGAGGCAACGCAGUUGCUGGCCAGCACCUCAGAGAAUCUCAAACUUGAGAUUCUUCCAGCCAAUCAGAGCAGACUUCCCAUCAGGCCACAAGACACAGUUAAAGUACAGAAAAGCAACCAUCAUCACUGGGACCAAAGCAGCAACUACUGCCAUCCCCCACACGCCAGCCACAGCAAGACAUGGAGCAGCCCGAGCCACCCACACAACCAGCAGGACCACUGCAAAUCAGCUGUGAGCGCCGGCUUCUCCCCUUCAUCCACAGCCACCUCCGGCUUCAGCAGCCAAGGUAGCAACACUCUGCCCUGCCCCAUUGCCCCCGUUGCCCCCACUAGUCCCCGCAGCGCCACUGGGAGGAGAAGGAACAGGAAGAAGGACCACAAGAGCUCAUUGUCCUUGUCCUCCAGCUCUGUUGGUCCCGGGGGACAGAUUUUCCAUGUGGAAACAAGUGAAGUCCUCCUGAGGGGGGACCCACUAACUGGUUUUGGGAUCCAGCUGCAGGGCGGCGUGUUUGCCACAGAAACGCUGUCUGCACCCCCGGUCAUCCGCUUUAUAGAGCCCGACAGCCCCGCUGAGAGGUGUGGAGUGUUGCAAGUUGGAGACAGAGUGUUGUCCAUCAAUGGGAUCCCGACUGAAGAUGGCACUCUGGAAGAAGCUCAUCAGCUGCUCAGAGAUUCUGCUCUGGCGAACAAAGUUACAGUGGAGGUUGAGUUUGAUGUCGCAGAGUCUGUUGUUCCAAGCAGUGGCACUUUCCAUGUCAAACUACCGAAGCGGAGAGGAGUGGAGCUGGGCAUCACCAUCAGCGCAAGUAAGAAACCUGGCAAGCCCCUCAUCAUCUCAGACAUCAGGAAAGGAAGCAUAGCACACAGAACAGGCACUCUGGAGCCCGGGGACCGGUUGCUGGCCAUCGACUCUGUACGCCUGGAGAACUGCACCAUGGAGGACGCCAUGCAUGUCCUGCAGCAGGCCGAAGACAUGGUCAAACUGCGGAUCCAGAAGGACGAGGACAACAUUGAUGAGCUGGAGAUGUCAGGCUCCAUAAUCUACACAGUCGAGCUGAAGAGGUUUAACGGACCCCUGGGCAUCACGAUAUCUGGCACAGAGGAACCUUUCGACCCCAUCGUCAUUUCUGGCCUUACCAAGAAAGGCCUGGCAGAAAGAACCGGGGCCAUCCACAUAGGAGACCGAGUUCUGGCCAUCAACGGGAUCAGCCUUAAAGGGAAGCCUCUGAGCGAGGCCAUCCAUCUACUGCAGAUGGCUGGGGAGUCCGUCACCCUCAAAAUCAAAAAACAAGUUGACCAGUCUGACUGUCGGCGGUUGGCGGACAGAGAAGGCGGCUUUCUAAGCGAUCCAGAGGAUGAACUAACAGACUCCCAAAAAACCAGCAAACUCUCAGAGGUCUACUCAGCCAAUGUUCCCAGCAUAGACUCGGCCAUGAGCUCCUGGGACAGCGCGGCGUUUGAUGCAGGCUACAUUAGCCAAGGGCUAUAUCUGCAUAAAACGUCCGAUUUACUCCUAAAUCCACUUGACUGGAGGCGCCCGAAGCACAGAAGCCACACACCCUCCAGCUCUGGAGGUUUGGGACUGCAAGCAGGGCUGUACGAUGGAGGAUUCACUGAGGAUGAGUGGGACAAGACACCUGGAUUCGUCAGCCCCCCUCGCUGCCAUGGCACGUUGAACAAGGACGACAGCUUCUGGUCCCAGGCUCUACAGGACCUCGAGACCUGUGGCCAGUCUGGGAUUCUCAGGGAACUAGAAGCCUCUAUGACAGGCAGCACUCUCAGUCUGUACCUGGAGGAGACCAAGACCAGUGAAGACUCAGUGUUGCUCUCUGAGAUUAGUCCAAUAAAGAUGGAAGGAAUCCACGGCGUGUCUAAAAACAAAAGCCUGAACAUGUCGACAGGAGUCAGAGAUGGCUCAUCCAGGGCCAAAGGGGACCCCUCUGACAUUCUGUCCCCUUCAUCUCUGGCAUUGCAGAAGGUUUCUCUAAGGAAGGAUCCUGAGAGCCAUGACUUUGGUUUCAGUGUAUCAGAUGGGCUCCUGGAAAAAGGAGUUUAUGUCAACAUGAUUAGGCCAGACGGCCCAGCUGAAGAAGCUGGUCUGAAACCUUAUGACCGGAUACUUCAGGUGAACCGUGUGAGGACCAGGGACUUGGACUGUUGUCUCACUGUGCCUCUAAUUAUGGAGGCCGGAGACUGCCUGGAUCUGGUCAUUAGCAGGAAUCCACUGGCAGGCGUUUACACGGAGCUGCCCAACAACUGUGACGACCCCUCAAGCUCGCUUCUCUGCUUCGCCAACUACAGGACCAACAGCAUUGCCCUGUGAACACGGGGAUGAAAGUGGAACACGGCAGCGCUGGGACCUCACACAUGCAACACACGUGGUUCAGUUUGUCACAUUGUAGCUCUCUGAUGGACCUUUACGCUCGUGUUCUGCACACAGGAACAACCACACUCUGCCUCAGAGCAUCUCUCUCUCACUCAACAUUACACGACUGUUGCUUUUGGUCACUGCUGUGUUCAGAUAAUUUAGUUCUUCGGAGACUGAGGCUUCAGAACAGAGUCCCCUAUCACUCCCUCCCUCCUACACCCCCCGUCACCCCUCCUCGCCAGAGGCGCAGCCACAUGGAGGGUUAUAUAACAGAAGAGUCAUUGCUUCUGACGGGGGCCAGGACGUCAACGCACAUGUCUUCACUCUGCAGGAUCGCAUAAUGUGCACACUCACAGCUAAAGAUCUAAUAUAUUUUAAUGUUCCUGUUGCCACUGGUUUUAUUUUCCACAAGGAAUGCAUUGGUUUAUGUGCAUGGAAAGCACUAACAUAGAGACACCAGGUGUUGGUGAGAUCAAGGAACAUUGCACUUAUUUGAGUUAUUUCAGCCAUGAGUUGGCUCACUGCCUUGGUUUCUGGCCUCUGCCCAGCACUGGCUGCCCUAAAAAGCGGAUGAGCCCUCGAAUAGUCCUGAGCACUCCCUGAUACCUGCCAACGACUUUAUAUUUUAAUGCCACAAAAUCACUUGAGGUCAAUCGAACCUGUUUAUGACACUUGAAUUAUGAUUAUGCUCUGAAUCGUUCCAGAGAGAUGUUUGUGUGCACAAAUGAUUUCUUUUAAUGUCCACUUUUUUUUUUUCCUUCAAUAUUUGCUUCUGUCACAUUUACAAAGAUGUGGGUCAUGUUCAUUUUGCACAUGUUCAGACACUGUUUCUUCAUGUUUACUUUUGUUUUUUUGGGUUUUUUUAAGGGUUCAAAUUCAAUUUUCACAACUUUUCUGCACAAUCUGCUCUUUUUAACACAAAGCUCUAAGGAUGCAAGCUGUAUGCAAAUCCUUAACAUUUUCUAUGUUCUUACAGGGAACUUUGUGACAGUGCACUUUUUUAGUUUAAAAGUAGGAUGUGGUAAUUCAUUCUUUUCGUAAUAAAACGAACGCACUGAUCUGAAAGAUUAUGUUAAGUCAUGUGGUGGCUGGUGUGAAUAUGAUGUUAGUGUCCCAUUUGUAGCAGCCUCAGAGGCAAAUUUAUAGUUGGGUCAGCUUGUUUCAGACUUCUCCUGAAAUUUCAUUCAAUGUCAAGGCCCAUUUUAAAGGUCUUCUCUUAGUAUUGCAACUUUUUUGUAAACUGUAAAAUGCAUUACGGUGUGCAGUGUUCUUUUUUUUCUUUUUAGUAAAGGCCUGUAAUGUUUCGGGAUCUUUGUGCAAGCUAACCUGAAUGUGUUUCUGUACUUUUAGUUUUUUAAUUCCAAAUCUUCUGUGAAUUUGUAUGUUUUGGUCUAAAUGACCACUAAUAUUUAUUGGAUUUUAAUUUAGCAAGCAGUCCAGCUUUUUUUAUUGUAAUAAAGUUGUAAAACUAUAAGUGUCCAACUUUUAGAAAGUGUUUUCUGUAGCCCAAUUAUUCUGCAAAGCUGAAACAAAUCAGUUUUUCUUCCUUUUUAGCCAAAAAUGAAUGUAAUGAUCUUUGUUCAUGAUUCAGUUAUGUUUAUAUGGAAACAGUUUUACAAGAAAUAUCCUUCAGUUGGCCAAUUACUAGACAACUGUAUUGGCUUUAUAACAAAUGUAACCCAGUUAAAACCAAAUGCAUAAUAUAUCAUAAUCACUGUUGGAUUCAGAUGAAAUUGUAAUCAUCCAGUCAUAAGUCUGUUAAUUUAAUACCAGUUACCAAAUCCUUAUUUCACUUGUAUAUUUCAGCCACAUAUCUCAGAUUAAGUAAUGAAUAUACACUUGAAUCUAAAAUGACUAGUUCAUAGUUUUUACAACUGUGAAUUUAGUUGUAUAGGUGGUGAACUUUAAAUAUAAAAGCUUUAAAUUUGUUCUUGUACUGGUGUUAUGGGGCAAGAUGAAGCAUGCAGGACGACUCCAAUACAUUAUGAUUAAUGUUCACAGUAAAUUUGAAUGAACAGGAGUGAUUCAUUUGCCUAGCACCACAACUCUUCAAAGUAUCUUUCAGGAGACUGAAGGGAAAAAAAAGUAAAAACAAAGACAACAAAUACACUGAAGGAAUUUAGGAUUUAAUUAUCGCACACAAAACAAAUGCAAAUUUCAUACAAACAGUUAUGGCAUAAUGGAAGUGAACUAAGAAAAUCUUUAACCCUCAUAGUAAAACUGCUACUAGUAAACUGUUAAAUGAGACAAAAAGGUUUCUGCACAGCUCAGGUAUUUGGGGAUUUGAAUCAGACCCGAAGAGUGUAGAAACUAAAGACUGUCUUAUCGCUUUUUCUUGUCAUAGAAACACUAAGCAGGUUUAUGUUGAGAACAGAUGUCUAAAUGCAGUGACACUGUUGUAACAUGACCCAUUAAUCUAGUGGUGGUUAGGACUCUGGUAGCAGUAUUUGGAUGAGCAGCAGCUUCUGGAAGGAAUUUUUUUUACAUUUUUUUUUAUUUGCAGAAACCAUUUGAGACACAAUAAUAUAAUUUAAUAAUAAUGAAGGUGAACACACCAUAAACCUUUCUGUGUCUUUUGAUGGGAACCCUGUGCUCUGGUGGUGUUUUUGAUAUUAGUAUACUGAUGUAUUGUCUGAGAUGGAUUCAGAAACAUAUGCUACUUGUUUGUUCACCCUCAUUAAUGCCAUUUAGUACUGAUAUCGAGAUCUUGUUUUAAAGUAGAAAAGGGAGAAGCAAACCUCUUUCCUUUUCUGCUUUAAAACAGGGACAAGUCUGACUUACCAGCUUCUUAAAAUUAUGGAUACACAUUUUGACUGUAAUUGACUGUAGCUAUGUAAUAAUACUAAAAAAAAAUACAGUUGUGUUAGUUUGUGUAUAGGAAGAAAUGUUGCAAUAUUUGAUCAUCAGAACUAGGGUGAGCAUGUAUAGAUGUUGAAUAAAAGUGGUCCAAAGCUGGAGCUUUGAAGAA